AUGGCGGAUGCUGAAGAAGGCUUUGGGCUCCCCAACACGCCAGCUGAUUCCGAGUCUAAAGAGCUUCAAUCUGAAACCAAACAAGAUAGUCAGCUAGGGGCCAGCAGCAAGUCGCCUUCCUCUCCCCAGGCAGCUUUCACCCAGCAGGGCAUGGAGGGGAUCAAAGUGUUUUUACACGAACGAGAAUUGUGGCUAAAAUUUCACGAAGUGGGGACAGAAAUGAUUAUAACAAAGGCUGGAAGGCGUAUGUUCCCCAGUUACAAAGUGAAGGUCACUGGACUCAAUCCAAAAACUAAGUACAUACUGCUCAUGGAUAUUGUGCCAGCGGAUGAUCACAGAUACAAAUUUGCAGAUAAUAAAUGGUCAGUGACAGGGAAGGCAGAGCCGGCCAUGCCAGGCAGGCUCUACGUCCACCCAGACUCACCCGCUACUGGGGCGCACUGGAUGAGGCAGUUAGUUUCUUUUCAAAAACUCAAGCUCACCAACAACCACCUUGACCCGUUCGGACAUAUCAUAUUGAACUCCAUGCACAAAUACCAGCCCAGGCUCCAUAUCGUGAAAGCGGACGAGAAUAACGGAUUCGGCUCCAAAAACACCGCCUUCUGCACCCAUGUCUUUCCGGAGACGGCCUUCAUCGCCGUGACUUCCUACCAAAACCACAAGAUAACCCAGUUAAAGAUUGAAAACAAUCCCUUUGCUAAAGGAUUUCGAGGUAGUGACGAUAUGGAGCUACACAGAAUGUCAAGAAUGCAAAGUAAAGAGUACCCAGUGGUUCCUAGGAGCACGGUGAGACAAAAAGUGGCCUCUAAUCACAGCCCUUUCAGUGGUGAGACCAGGGUUCUCUCGGCCUCCUCCAACCUAGCAUCCCAGUAUCAGUGCGAGAAUGGGGUGUCUAGCACCUCCCAGGAUCUGCUACCGCCUGCCAACCCGUACCCGAUCUCCCAGGAGCACAGCCAGAUCUACCACUGCACCAAGAGAAAAGAUGAGGAAUGUUCCACCACUGAGCAUCCGUACAAGAAACCCUACAUGGAAACCUCACCAGCAGAUGAGGAUCCCUUCUACAGGUCCAGUUACUCCCAGCAGCAAGGACUGAAUACCUCGUACAGGACUGAAUCUGCUCAGCGCCAAGCUUGUAUGUAUGCCAGCUCUGCUCCCCCCACGGACCCUGUGCCCAGCCUGGAAGACAUUAGCUGUAAUACGUGGCCUACCGUGCCAUCUUACAGCAGUUGCACAGUGACUGCCAUGCAGCCUAUGGACAGAUUACCCUACCAGCAUUUCUCUGCCCAUUUCACCUCUGGUCCUCUUAUGCCCCGUCUCACUGGUGUGGCCAAUCAUACAUCACCACAAAUAGGGGACACACAUAGCAUGUUCCAGCACCAAACAUCUGUCUCUCACCAGCCCAUCAUCCGGCAGUGUGGACCUCAAACGGGCAUCCAAUCUCCUCCCAGCAUACAGCCAGCAGAAUUCCUUUAUUCCCAUGGGGUGCCCAGAACCCUUUCACCUCACCAGUACCACUCUGUUCAUGGGGUGGGCAUGGUGCCAGAGUGGAGCGAGAACAGCUAA